AGUAGAGAGAUGAAUCUUCUGUCGAUAUAACAAAUAUAGCCAGUGUUAUUUUGUGGCAAAGCUUACUUCACUGACAGUAUGGGUUCAAGGUGUUUCAUUUUCAGACAAAUAGUUUUCAUACUUCUUUACAGUAUGUUUCCUCAGGAUGUGUCGUCUGCUUUCACUGAUGAGCAGACGAGAUCUAUUGAAACUUUUGUAUCGGAGUACAUGGCAUGCAAGGGCGUGCCUGGCCUAGGCAUUGGUAUCGUCAAGGAGGAUGCAGUGCUUGCGAGAGGAUUCGGACUCGAGGAUGUUGACAAGAAGAGGAACGUGACAACGGAUGGAACUCUUUUUGCUAUUGGUUCUACGACAAAGGCAUUCACAACAGUGGUCUUGGCUGCUGCCCUUGAGGGAACGCAUGGAAGGUUGACGUGGGACUCUAAAGUCGCUGAUGUUUUGGGAGGCGACUUUCGGUUUAUUGACACGGAGAGAACUAAACUGACGACUAUAAAGGACUUGAUGGCUCACAGGACUGGUCUGAGUGGUCCCAGCGUGGCACUCUCCUACAGCUACGACCCCUCCUACACUCGCGCCGAUCUCGCAAGGGAUAUUCGUUAUCUGGAAGAGGAGGAGGGUUUCAGGGAUCAGCAUCGUGCACGCAUCCACCCUCUGGAACCGGCAGGGGGUAUUGUAGCUACGGUCGAUGACAUGAUGAAAUGGUUGAAAUUCCUCACGGCUGACGGGAGAACUGAGGAAGGGAGACAGUUGAUGUCGGUGCCAAUGAUGAAGUCAAUGUUUGAAGUGCAUAUGUUUGUCCCUGGUGACGACAAACGUAUCAGCGUUCCAACAUUCCCGGCAACACAUCUACAACGAGGCUAUGGACUGGCUUGGGACAUAGGAAACUACCGAGGGUUUCAGUUUCUGUGGCACGAUGGUUCCAUCGGCGCCCAUGACUCGCUGGUAGCCGUUUUGCCACAGUUCCAACUAGGUAUCUUCAUCUCCAGCAACACGAUGGCCGAUCUCAAACCUAUAGUAUACUACGUGGUCGACCUGCUGUUGGCACAGCCACAGUGGCUCAAUUCAACAUCCGCGUGUUCUUUCCCGUCACCAUGGAUACAGGAGAAUUCCAACGGGUCAGAUUCUGAGACAGAUGGCAACAGAAAACCAGCCAACCCUCCUGACACUGAAAUCGGAAUGGAGCGGUAUAUAGGAAGCUACGGGCACAGAGUAUUCGGCGAGUUGCAAGUUAGUCUGAACAAGUCAACACAAAACCUGCAUCUCCAUUAUGGCAAGUUACAAGGACCACUAGUUAUUGAAGACACAAAUAAACAUGUAUUUUCGCUUAAUAGAGUUACAAACUAUGUCAGAUUCGAAACGAUUGUGAAAGAGAAAUUUCAAACUUUCGUGUUUCUCGAUGAAAGUGUAUUUUACGAACGAGGAGUGCGCCUCUCAGACCCGAUCAGAAACAGUGGGUGUCGUUCUUACUCCGGUGUCUUGAUGAUAGUGCUGGCAAUUCACUGGAUGACAAGUGGUGAAUGUGUGUAUUGGGCGCCAUGAUGCCAACAACGUCAUCACGUUAAGGUUGUGUGGGUGGUUUUUGUAAACAGAAAAGAAUGGAAGUUUUAAACCCCAAAGCUGGCAUCAAAAAAUAUUCACUCACUGGAUAAAGAGAUCACAUGAUCGAAAUCGAGGGUGAACUCGCCGGAAGCCAACACAAUUCAGGAGGUUUCCAUAUCUGCCGGUGCUGGACCGGAUUAUAGAUAGAAAUAAAACAGGAAACGUUCACGGUUUAA